AUAAGAUAAUAAAAUGAACAACAAAUAAUUUUUGUAAACAGUGACAUGAUAACAUUUAAUUCAUAUUUAUUUUCGGUUAUAACAUUUGUUAGCAGUAAUGAGUGAAACCAAUAAUUUGACUCCAAAGCCAGCACCAAAAUCUAGGUAUGGUCCAAGCUUUGAUGAAAUAGAGCGACGGGAUCCUUUACAAUGGCAUGCAGCACACAGAGCUUGGGUUUUAGAGCGCAUAGUGGAACAGCAAAUGGUCGUUGUUUACAAAAGUCGUUUGGCAACCUGUUAUUUAAAAGAACAAGAAAACUUUCGUGUAAACUGUAAAAAGCAAGUUCUUGAUUAUUGGAACGCUUUCCAAGCGUGGAAGAAAAAAGAUUGGGGUGUAGCCGAAGAAGGAUCUGUCUAUAGGUUUAAAGUACCUCUUGAAGAAUAUUACAAGGAAGUAGAGCAGCUUUAUGAAAACAAAAAGAAUCAAGAAAAUUUGAGUUAAUUUAUUUUUUAUAUUGUCACAUAAAAAAAUCUUGGUUA